AUGUCGCUCGCACCAAAAAUUGAUGAAGUAAGCCACGUUGUUCAAAGUGCUAAUUACGACCUUGUUUGCAUUACGGAGUCUUGGCUGCGACAACAUAUCCCGGACUCCGUAAUAACAAUUAAUGGUUAUAAUAUCAUCAGACGGGACAGAAAGGAGGCCACUCACGGCGGAGUGUGUAUGUACAUUAAGGAAUCCAUCCCUUUUUCUGUUCUCGAUUUUUCCGAGGUCGACGAGAAUCCGGUCUUUGAUUUUGAAGUCCUGUGGGCAAAGCUGCGACCAACUCGACUCCCUAGAGGCUUUUCUAGUAUUAUAUCUGGAGUUAUAAACCAUCCACCGUCAGCUCCUGACUCCAAAAUGCAAGAUUAUUUAUUAAAUUGCCUUACAUCAAUUGAGUCUCAACAUCCAAUCAGUGGAAUCCUUCUUGUCGGCGAUUUAAACCACCUAAACGAAACGACUCUUAAAUCUAAUUUCAAUCUGAAACAAAUUGUUCACUUUCCGACCAGAGGGAAAAGAUUUUUGGAUCGUAUUCUAACCAACAUGAAGGAGUUCUAUGAUAAGGCCAUCGAGCGACCUAAAGUUGGCCUUUCGGAUCACAGUUCAGAUCCAGCCCAAGCUUCGAGCAAAACCAUCGCAAUCAAAGGAAACAAUUAUCUCGAGGGAUUUGAGACCUAG